AUGCCCAUCACUAAUGACAGUGAAAUAACAGAAUUCAUUCUCCUGGGGCUCACAGGUCGCCCUGAACUCCAGCCUCUCCUCUUUGUGCUGUUUCUGGUGGUGUACCUGGUCACUAUCUUGGGCAACCUGGGCAUGAUAGUGUUGAUCAGACUGGACUCUCGCCUUCACACGCCCAUGUACUUCUUCCUCACUAACCUAGCCUUUAGCCUGCGCUAUACCUCCAGUGCCACCCCGAAGAUGCUGACUAAUUUCUCAGAGAAGAAGACCAUCAGCUUUGCUGGCUGCUUUACACAGUGUUACAUUUUCAUUGCACUCCUCCUCACUGAGUUUUACAUGCUGGUGGUCAUGGCCUAUGACCACUACAUGGCCAUAUGCAACGUUCUGCACUACAGUGUGAAAAUGUCCAGGUGGGUGUGCACCUGCUUGGCCACAUUUCCUUAUAUCUAUGGCUUCUCAGAUGGCCUGUUACAGGCAAUCCUGACCUUCCGCUUGACCUUCUGUAGAUCCAACAUCAUCAACCACUUCUACUGUGCUGACCCGCCACUCAUUAAGCUUUCCUGCUCUGACACUUACAUCAAAGAGCACACCAUGCUAAUAUCAGCAGGCUCCAAUCUCUCUAGCUCCCUCACCAUCAUCCUGGUGUCCUAUGCCUUCAUCAUUGCUGCCAUCCUCAGGAUCAAAUCAGCAGAGGGAAGGCACAAAGCAUUCUCCACCUGUGCUUCCCACAUGAUGGCUGUUACCCUAUUUUAUGGGACACUCUUCUGUAUGUAUGUAAGACCACCAACAGAUAAGACUGUUGAGGAAUCCAAGAUAAUAGCCGUCUUCUACACCUUUGUAAGUCCGGUGCUUAAUCCAUUGAUCUACAGUUUGAGGAACAAAGAUGUAAAGCGGGCAUUGAAGAAUGUCCUCAGACAAAAUGUGGUCAUGAAGAUGACAACGCCUCCACUUUCCAAUAAACCGUAA